GACAAGAGAAAGGAAGUAGCGACAGGCUAGGUGGUUAGCCGGUCUGAAACCACACAGUCUGUCAGGAAAGACUGGACUUUUGAGCCUAUUUUAUCCCAGAGACUGCUCUUCUUUAUUUAAUAUAACGUUAAGCGUGUAAGUAGGCUACGUUUUUUUGUCGGUUCGUUUUUAUUUUUUCUCCACCCCGGUUUCAAACUGACUCAACUGGGAGCUUUGUCUGUCUGGGACUCCACCGUUGUUAUCCUAGUUGGUACAAGUCAGUCUUGGUUUAAUCAAAAGAGAAAACAAACCACAAACCGAAAAGCUGCGACUCGGUUAUCAUUUAUUUUUGGUUGAAUUGCGAGGAAGGCAAUUAAGGAUUACACCAAGACAAUGAGAAAAACUGCCGGGAAAGGUGCUGCGUGGUGAGAGUUAAGCAGUGGGUGCGGCAUGCUAAGGCCACUCCCCCUGGCCCAGGAUGAGUGUCAGAGAUGGCGCUGCCACCAUGGCAACGAAUGCAGGUGGAGGAGGAGGGGGAGGUGGGCCAGCUAGCCCUAAUGAUCAUGAUGGCCGCUCAUACAUGCUCCAGAUCUACCCACGGUUAGCUGCCCAGUCCACCACCUGCUGCAACCUUAGAGUGCAGAAGGAUGCAACAGCAGCCUCAGUGAUCUCGGACGCUGCCACGGCACUGGGGCUGGACCCUGGCCGCAAGUAUGUGCUGGCAGAGGUGAAGGAAUGUGGUGGGGAAGAGUGGGUGCUAGAGGCCGGAGACCUGCCAGCACAGAGGUUUCUGCUGUGGCCUCGGAAAGCCCAGGAGCAACACCCUCAGAGCCUUGGCUUUUACUUCUUAUUACAGGAGAGGAACCGUGAUGGUUCUAUCCAUUAUGUCCACCUCCCACCUGUGUCUAAGGAGCAGGAGGCACAGCGGCUAGCCGCCAGGGGCUUCCUCCCCCCUCCACAGGACAACUUUGCAGACCUCUGCAACCUCCCCAUCCUCAAUGAGGACAGCAUAUUAAACAACCUGCGCACACGCUUUUACAAGAAAAAGAUCUACACCUAUGCAGGCAGCAUCCUCAUCGCCAUCAACCCCUUCAAGUUCCUGCCCAUCUACAACCCUAAGUACGUCAAGAUGUAUGAGAACCACCAGCUGGGCAAACUGGAGCCUCAUAUUUUUGCUAUCGCAGAUGUGGCCUACUAUGCUAUGCUCAGGAAGAGGGUCAACCAGUGCAUUGUCAUCUCUGGGGAAAGUGGCUCAGGCAAGACCCAGAGUACCAACUUCCUGAUCCACUGUCUGACUGCGCUCAGCCAGAAGGGCUAUGCCAGUGGGGUGGAGAGGACCAUACUGGGAGCUGGACCGGUCCUGGAGGCUUUUGGGAACGCCAAGACAGCCCACAACAACAACUCCAGCCGCUUUGGUAAAUUCAUCCAGGUUAAUUACCUGGACAGUGGAGUGGUCAGAGGGGCUGUGGUGGAGAAGUAUCUCCUGGAGAAGUCUCGUCUGGUCUCCAGAGAGAACAAUGAGAGGAACUACCACGUAUUUUAUUACCUGUUGUUGGGAGCUUCAGAGGAGGAGAGGAAGGAGUUCAAGUUGCUGCCGCCUGAAGACUACUUCUACCUCAAGCAGCAAAACUUUAAGAUAGAAGAUGAGGAAGACCUGCGUCAUGACUUCGAAAGGCUGCAGCAGGCAAUGGAGAUGGUUGGCUUCCUUCCCGCCACCAAGAAACAGAUCUUUUCUGUGCUUUCGGCCAUCUUGUAUCUGGGCAACGUGACCUACAGGAGGAAGUCGACAGGCCGAGACGAGGGGUUGGAUGUAGGACCGCCAGAGGUCCUGGCUACGCUCUCUGACCUGCUAAAGGUUAAAGAGGAGCUGCUGGUUGAGGCGCUGACAAAGAGGAAAACGGUGACAGUCAACGACAAGCUCAUCCUCCCCUACAGCCACUCUGAGGCUAUCACAGCCAGAGACUCCAUGGCCAAAUCUCUGUACAGCGCCUUGUUUGACUGGAUUGUCCUACGCAUCAAUCACGCACUGCUUAACAAGAAAGAUAUGGAGGAAUCUGUUCCAUGCUUGUCCAUUGGUGUCCUGGACAUUUUUGGCUUUGAGGACUUUGAGACGAACAGCUUUGAGCAGUUCUGCAUCAACUAUGCAAACGAGCAGCUGCAGUAUUAUUUCAACCAUCACAUCUUCAAUCUGGAGCAGGAGGAGUACCAAGCAGAGGGAAUCACCUGGCACAACAUCGACUACACAGACAAUGUGGGCUGCAUCCACCUCAUCAGCAAGAAACCCACUGGCCUGCUCUACCUGCUGGAUGAGGAGAGCAACUUUCCCCGUGCCACAGAUGAGACAUUAUUAGCCAAAUUCAAGCAGCAGCACCAGGGGAACAAAUACUUUGUCCCCACACCAGUUAUGGAGCCUGCCUUCGUCAUUCGACACUUUGCUGGGAAAGUCAAAUAUCAAAUCAAGGAUUUCCGGGAGAAGAACACAGACCACAUGCGUCCGGACAUUGUGGCGUUGUUGCGGAGUAGUGACCGCGCAUAUGUGCGGCAGCUCAUCGGCAUGGACCCAGUGGCCAUGUUCCGAUGGGGCAUUCUGCGCGCCACCAUCAGAGGCAUUGCUGCUUUUAACGAAGCUGGCCGCUCCUGGGCCGCCAAAACUUCAGGUGUUGUCCGUCCAAUCUCCAGAACUCCUUUAGGAGAGCUUCAGCGAUCCAAUGCCCCAGUUGACAGAAUGUACAAAAGAGCUUCUAUGCUCGAUUUCUACUUUGAUCACUCAGAGGAGCGCCCUCUAGAGGCCUUUGAAGACAUCUUUGCUAGCUAUGAGAGUAAGAAAGACAUGCAUGCAGAGAUCAUCAGCUCCAUUAAGAACUUGCAGCUGGAUGGUGAGGACCCUCGCAAGCUGCUACAGUCCUGGGGUCGCCUCCGCUUCCCUCGACACGUCCUCCAGAAACACAAGAGCACCAAACAGAGGCAGGUCAUCCCCAAGAGUUUGCUGGAUUCUCGGUCUCUGAAGUUCAUUGUGAGCCUGACGUUGCACGAUCGCACUACCAAGUCUCUGCUUCACCUGCACAAGAAGAAGAAGCCCCCCAGCAUCAGUGCCCAGUUUCAGACCUCUCUGACCAAACUCUUGGAGACGCUGAACAGAGCAGAGCCUUUCUUCAUUCGUUGUAUCCGCUCCAAUGCUGAGAAGAAGGAGAUGCAUCUGGAUGAGGCCUUGGUGGUUCAGCAGCUGCGAUACACAGGAAUGCUGGAAACUGUUCGCAUCAGGAGGUCAGGCUACGGAGCCAAGUACACAUUCCAGGAGUUCAUAGAGCAGUUCAGGGUUUUGCUGCCAAAGGACGCCACUGCCAUUAAAGAGGACAUCACAGCGCUGCUUGAGAAGAAGAUGGGCCUGGACCCCACCACAUACCAGAUAGGCAAAACUAAGGUGUUCUUGAAGGAGCUAGAACGACAACAGCUGCAGGACACGCUGCACAAGGAUGUAAUGCGUAAGAUCAUCUUCCUUCAGCGCUGGUUCAGAGCUCGCCUGCAGAGGAAAGAAUUUCUGGACAUGAGACAGGCAGCCAUCUUGAUUCAGCAUUCAUGGCGCAGGUACUGCAAGGAGGAGCAAAGGCGACGGGCAGCCACUCUGAUCCAGGCUGUGUGGAGAGGGCACAGACAGAGAUCAGAGAACCACCGCCAAAGACAGGGUAUUACCAAGAUACAAGCCUUGGUCAGAGGACACUCAGCACGCAGAAGGUGCCAGUCCAUGCGUGAGGAGAAACGAAGAAAGGAGGAGGAGGACAAAGAAGCUCGAAAGAGGGCAGAGGAAAGGAGGAGGAGGGAAGAAGAGGAGGAGGCAAGGAGAAGAGCAGAGGAGGAGGAAGAAAGGAGGAGGAUGGAAGAAGAAGAGACAAGGAGACAGGCAGAAGAGGAGGAAGCAAGGAGGAGAGCAGAGGAAGAAGAGGCAGCCAGGAAAGCAUAUAAAAAGAGAGAGGAAGUGGAGAAAAGACUGGCAAGCGAGCCUCAAACAAGAGAAGAUCCGGAUAUAGAGAUGGUUACAGAGGAGAUGCUGGAUGACAACCUCCCUGUCCAGGAGACAGAGGAGGAGAGAGAGGUUAAUACAAGCUCACAUACAGAGGAGGAACAGGGCGAGGGUGAGGAAUUGGAUUUGGAGACCAAUGGUACCCUGGCUGAGGCUGGACCCCAGCUGGAUGAGAAAGAAGAUGAUGAGGAUUUGGAGAACCAAACACUAGGACAGUCAGAUCCAAAACCUGUUCUGCCCUCUGAUGGGGUCACCUCUAAUGCAUUUACACCCACAUCUCCACGUGAGGGGAUGGAUGAACAGGCUCCCAGCAACACUUCCACACCUUCCAAUGCAGAACAAAAGAGAGUACGAGCUCCAGCUAUUAAUAGGCGCCUGUCAUCCAGGAGCCAGGAGAAGAGAGAGCAGAGGAGACGAAGAGGGCUGGAACAUAACCAGAGAGAGACCGAACGAGCCUCCUCCUCAGCAAUAAGCAAGGAUGAAACUUCCCCGCCGAAGAGCAAAAGCCAGGAGACCUCUAAGCUAAAAGAGCGAGCAGACAGCAAGGAGCUGGACCAGUACACCUUUGUGGCCUGGAAAAUGAAGGAAGACAAAGGAGGGAAAAAGGAGGCAAAAACUUAUCCUCCUCCUGCCGGUCCUGUUCGUCCGUCUACAUUAUCCCUGCAGCCCGCUGACCCUGUGCCUGAGAGAAACGGUGUAGAGGGCGCCGGAGUGGUAAACCUUCAUCGCCGUCCUGGGGCGAUUAAGGAGAAGCCGGAGAAGUGGAGAGGGAGGAGGAGUGAUGGAGAAUUUUCUGAGAGCACCAGCCCUCCUCCACCACACAACAGGGAGGAAAGGAAGAAAAAAAUGCUGUGUGAAACAGCCUCCUCAUCGAUUGACAGUUUGUCUCCAGGUUCUGAAGGGGCUGGCGCUAUUUCAGCCAGAGAGAUGAUUUCCCCCUCAGAAAGCCAUGGUGAUGGCUCAAAGGGAAGCUCCAUCAGAAGGAAACACCAAGAUGGUUCAUGUCACCAAGACUCUGCACACUCCAUCCCAUCCACACCAGACAGGUCAGGUGGUUUCUUCAGCAAGAUUUUGAAAAAACGACCGCACAAGGAGGCCCAGACACCAGACAACGGAGAGACACUUGCUCAGAUUCUCAAUGAGAGGCCAACAGGAGGGGAAGCUCCAACAUCUGGACUUCCAUCUCGGCCUCUUUCCCAGCCACAUGGGGACCGUGCUGGUAAAGGUUUAGGCCGCAACCCCACCAUAAAGAUCAGUCGUGCCACGCGGGUCUCUGAGCAGUGGAACGCCUCGCUGGAUCGGGAAAUCACCAACGCCAAUGAGCUGCGGCACCUGGAUGAGUUUCUGGGCAACCAGGUCAAUGAUUUCCGCUCAAGGGGGAAGUCGCUGUCAGCCACAGAGGCCAUCUUUGUAACAGCCACCAUGCAGUUCAGAGAGAAUAUCAAAGCCAUGUAUUCUCUUGCAAAACCCACCAUUGGCUACAAAGGUCUGAUGACAGGCUACCAGAACAAAGUUUUACACCUGGCGGGUGACAAGCAGAAAGGAGAAGUCCAACUUGUGGUCAACCUCUUCCAGUCUGUGCUGGAUGGUUUCAUCAGAGGAGAGAUGAAGAAGGAGGAGGCUGAGCCUGCAAAGCCUGCUAAAGCUAGGAAGAAGAGGAGGAAAAAAGAUAAAAGUAUGGAGAGCCCCCUGGAUCAUGUUUUCGUCAACUAUCAGGUCAACAUUAUGCAGUCAUGUGACCAGUGUGGUUCUUACAUCUGGGGCAUGGAGAAGGCCUACAUGUGCAGCUACUGUAAAAUGGUGUGCCACAAGAAGUGCCUCUGCAAAAUAGUCACUGACUGCUCCACUUUCUCUGCCAAAAAGAGUGACGAGGACUCUGGUGGUCUGCACUUCGGGGUGCGUGUGAGUCACCUGGUCAGUGAUAAGAACCCAGUACCCAUGGUGCUGGAGAUGAUGCUGGAGCAUGUGGAGAUGCACGGCCUCUACACCGAGGGCAUCUACCGCAAGUCUGGCUCUGCCAACCGCAUGAAAGAGCUGCAUCAGCGACUAGAGACCGACCCCCACCUGGUCUGCCUCGAAGACUAUCCCAUCCACACAGUGACGGGCCUGGUGAAACAGUGGUUGAGGGAGCUGCCAGAUCCGCUCAUGACCUUCACACAUUACAAUGACUUCCUGCAUGCAGUGGAACUGCCAGAGAAGCAGGAGCAGCUUCACGCUAUAUACAAAGAGCUGGACGAGCUUCCUACAGCAAACUUCAACACAUUGGAGAGACUCGUCUUCCACCUUGUCAGGGUGUGUAAAGAGGAGGCUCACAACCGUAUGUCUCCUAACUCGCUGGCCAUAGUUUUUGCCCCGUGUGUCCUGCGCUGCCCAGACAGUGCUGACCCGCUGCUCAGCAUGAAGGAUGUUGCCAAGACAACCACGUGUAUAGAGAUAGUCAUCAAUGAGCAGAUCAGACGCUACAACGAGAAGAUGGAGGAGAUCGAGCAGCUGGAGUACGCAGAGGCUCUGGCUGUUAACCAGCUCAAACUCAAGAGAAAGAACACGCACUACUGGCAUUUACCUCUCAGGUUCUCACCUCCUUACAAAGGAGUGGUGGUGCACGAGAAGGUCAGUUCUGAUCUCACCGUGGUCCCUGAGAACGAGCCUCUGGACUCAGAUACAGAGGCUGAGAAGAACUUGGUGGAACGCAUCAAGUCCAUCAAACAGGAAAAAGAGGAUCUGGCCUGUCGACUGCCAGAGAUGGAGCAGCCUGGUUCAGACCAGGAGAACUUGGACUCCGAAGCCUCGCUGAGCUCCGAGAGUCUUUUGGACGAGCAGCAGCACUCUUCUGUUCACGGCUCAGAGCCUGAAGGACGAGGUGGCUCCCAGCUGACGAGAUACAGGCCAGUUUGUCCACUCAAACCAUUAGAACUGGCCCAGCGACCUAAAGUCCCUGGUGGACACGUCUCUCUGCCAAACCUCACCCCUGCUAGCUCCACCUCCUCUGUGUCCAGCUGCGCUUCUUCAACCUCUGAAUCCUCCAACGCCUCCUUCAGGCAUCCACUGCAACGCCGCAACCCUGUCAUCCCAGACACAGUUAAACUCCCCCCAGGCAUCCUCUCCCAGUCUGCAGCCUCGAAUCCAGGUGAGACUUAUGCCCGUCCUGGAAAUCGAGUGUUGAAGUACUUGGUCAGGAGAAGAGAGCAGCCUGGCCGCCGUAAAGACAGCACCCAGUCCCUGUACAUCGACAGCCAACAGUGUGACCUGUUGUUGCAGUUUUCCUCUUGCCCUCCCUCCACUUCCUCCUCCUCCAACUCCAUUGGCAUGGUAACACCCUCUCCUCAGCGCCAGAACCACGGCACACAAGCCCCGAAGAGCCAGAGACGUUUUUCUGACCCAGACAUACCUUAUAUGGACGAUGAUGUCUGACCAGGGCAGAACAGGUUGGAGCCAGGAGACGAUAAGAAUCAAGAAUCACAGUAGAGGAACAUAAUCUGUACAUGUGAAUGAAAAUGAGUGAAGGUGAUGAGAUGUGCAGUAUCCACGGUGGAUCUACAAAGUUGAACGGGAGUGACACAAAAUGGAGGCUGUUCCCGUUGCUGUCGUCAGAGGGAACCAGUCAAGGAACUGCAAAUGUGUCCAAAGUCUUGUUGUCCUCUGACAGUAAAAAUAACUGGACAUGAUGUUGCCAAGCACCUUUUCUAUCAUUUUAAUAUAUAUUGUGGUUACUGUUGAUAAAUUCAGUUGGGACAGGGGCGUGCUUUCUGUAGCCUCAUAAUGAUGGACCGGCAAUUUAGUUUUUUUUCUCCUGUUUAUUUUUUGUUUUUUGGGGUUGUUGUUUUUUUUUUUUUUAAACACAUUUGUGCUAAUUCAAGGAAAUAUUACAGUUUCUGGCCACACUUUUCAUUUCUUAGUUCUCCUAAUGAACAAAACAUGCUCACUGAAAUAUUAGCUAGUGCCUUGGUAAUGUACAGUAAGUUGACAAAGUUAAUUUCUCAUGUUAUGUAUAGUGCUCGCAGAGGGAGGGAGGGAGGAAGGAAGGGUUAUUUGGGAUAGAGGAUACCUUUGUCUCAGACUUUUGUGUUUAUUGUACUGAACCGACCCAAGACAUGUUUGAAACAAGGACCUAAACGUGCACAUUGCGACUGUUGUAUAGGUGCCUCGUCACAACAGCUGCAUUGGACAACAGUGUCUUUCCACCUUUACCUUCCACCUACCGCACAACAAACCCCAGAUAGGAAGUCAUUGCCUCACAUGGCAAAGGAAAACGGGAGCAGCACACGGCACUUUUUCCUUUUGAAACAACAAAAACACAAACCUAGCCUUGAUGCAACAGCUGUGCCACAAUGUCUUUAAAGCCCGAAGUCCUUGAACUCACCUUACCCUUUUCUAAACUGAACUUGGCUUCACUCAGCUGUACCGAACCUGCCAUUCAAAGUAAACAGUCCCAUAAUGAGCAGGUCCUGCUGAAGCACAGCUUUGGUCAACGUUGUAUGAAAUGUAAUACUAAUGUUCCUCUCUGACUGCUGUUGAAUGAUGUCUGUUAGUUUGUCUGGAUUAUGAGGCCGAUGUUCUGAUGUGUAAUGUGUAACAGAGAGUGUAUGGUUGGGACUGAAUGACGUGAACUGUAAUGGUGAUUAGUAUUAACAUGACAAUACAGAACGUGAUGCUUGUAA